UGGUCCAUGAUUGGUCAUUUUGAGCAGGCUAUCGGGAUUGUCGUUCUCAGUACACCGAAGCAGAGGCUUUGAAGCCAAUGUGCUAAUAUCUGGGCGGAGUCAGAAACGAUGCUGUGGACAAUUCACACCUGCGCUCAAAUAAUUUGAUGGGAAGGAAAAAUAAUAAAAAAUUUAAGACUUUAGUCAUGGGCAAAUCAUGUGAAGCUGUAAGCGGUUAAAAUGUAUCGGCAGUACAUCAAUUCUAGAUCGUACAGAACAACUCAUAAUGAGAAUGCAAUGAGAAAUAAAUGCAAUUUUGGAUCAAGUGAAAUAUUGUGCAGUUCUUCAAACAAAGCUAAUAACGUCGCAGUCUCCAAGGAGAUUUCUAAUAAGCAUAAAAAAACCGUCUCUUUUAGUAUUGAAAAUAUCUUGUGUACCAAUAAUGACUCGCAAUUAGAUGGUAGAAAACAAUAUAAUACCCAUCUAAAAAAUAUAACACAAACAGUGAACACUUCGGACACUACUUUUGUGAAAGGUGAAAUCGGAGAAUGCUGGGCAAAUGGAGGCAGUGUACUUACACAUUCGAUUCCAUAUAUGCAAGGCGUAGAUUUCAUUACAGCAGAUAUUUUGCCGAGCCCUUUUACAGCAUCAUUUCAAAACUCACCAAAUUUGCAAUGUUUGACUAAAUUACCAACGCCUCCUUAUUUACAUCACUUAAUUAGUGUUCAAGGAAAGCGUUUUAGAAAACAAGGUACUGAAAGAAAGCCUCGACAGGCAUAUAGUGCAAUACAGCUGGAACGUUUAGAAAAUGAGUUUAAAGUGGACAAAUACCUUAGCGUCAAUAAGCGUACCGAACUCUCAAAAUCGCUGUCCCUGACAGAAGUGCAAAUCAAAACUUGGUUCCAAAAUCGUCGAACAAAGUGGAAGAAGCAGCUGACUUCACGACGUAAAAUAGCCCAACGGCAUGGAUUAUAUAAAUUUGACAUGUACUUUUCAACGGUUUCAUCCACUGCAUCCAAACCAUCUACUUAUUCAAAUCUUUAUCCCACCUUUUAUUCUGAUCCCCAAUUGUGCUUCCUACAACCAUUUCAAUCGUAACUCAUUCAAAUA